AUGAAGCUCCUGAUGACGUACAACGAGAAUAUUAAAACAUUUAAUGACAUCUCGCGCCAUCUCGAGCUUGAGGCAGAAUGCUUAGAAGUGAACUGUUCUGUCGCUCUUGUUGCACACUCUGAGAAGCGCGAGCUAAUCCACUCAGACAUUUGUGGACCAAUGAAUGUGAGGGCCCGGCAUGGUGCGUGCUAUUUUCUCAAAUUCAUUGAUGAUUAUUUCCGUUAUGGAUACGGGUAUUUGCUUUCUCGCCGAUCUGAAGCUUUAGAUUGCUUCAAGCACUUCGUUGCGAAGGCUGAGAAUCAAAUAGAAAGAAGUGUAAAGGCGCUUCGCACUGAUCGAGGUCGUGAGUACUUGUCUGAUCAGUUCAAGACUUAUUGUGAGCAAAAGGGCAUUAAUAGACAGCUCACUAUUCCUGAUACUCCGCAACAAAAUAGUGUUGCAAAGCGAAGGAACCAUAGUGAUAUGACUAAGAUUGAGUCUCGUGAUGUGGAAUUCUUAGAAGGGGAAUUUCCAAGCAUUGGUGAAAUGCGAAAAGACGUCGGAUUGUAUGAGUUACAGGACGACUCUACCCCAUCUACUAUUGAGGGUGAUCGAUCACUUCCCGAAGUCGCUGAAGAAAGUGGUAGCGAUCCUCCGGCUAGUGGGAGUGCUUUCUUGAAUGAGAGCAUACCCUUGGAAGUCGGCAGUUCAGACCCUCCAUUAUGUAGAAGUGAACGUGGACAUAUUCCCCGUCGACAUUUUGAGAUCGAAGGAGAUAUUUUCAUAUGCAGUUCGCUCGAUAAUGAUGAAUCUGUUUCUUAUAAAGAAGCAUUACAGACAUCAGCUUGCAGCGAGUGGAUGACUGUUAUGAAAGAUGAGAUGAACUCCAUGAGCAAGAACCAAGUAUGGGAAUUGGUUGACCUUCUGCCUGGGCGCAAGUCUAUUAGAAAUAAAUAG